UUGUCCUCGUGCCUGCUCAGGAUGGCGUCCUCCGAUUGGCUGUUGCUUCUGAGCCUGCUGUCGCUGGUCUGUGGCUCCGCCCCCGCCCCCGCCGACGUUUGCGACGCCAAACCCAAAGACCUCCCGCUGGAGCCGCGCUGCGUCUACCGCAAGCCCGAGGCCGACGCCCCCGAGGAGCCCACGGAGGGGCCGGUCCCCGAGUCCACCAACCCGCGAGUGUGGGAGCUGUCCAAGGCCAACGGACGCUUCGCCCUGGCGCUCUACCAGCAGGUGGCGCUCAGCAGGACGCCCGGCAGCAACAUCUUCAUGUCGCCCCUCAGCGUCUCCACCGCCUUCGCCAUGACCAAACUGGGCGCCUGCGAGGACACGCUGCAGCAGAUCAUGAAGGUGUUCGAGUUCGAUUCCAUCAAGGAGAAAACGUCGGACCAGGUGCACUUCUUCUUCGCCAAGCUCAACUGUCGCCUGUACAGGAAGAAGGACGCCACCACCGACCUGAUCUCCGCCAACCGCCUCUUCGGGGACAAGUCGCUGCGCUUCAACGCCACCUACCAGGACAUCAGCGAGGCCGUGUACGGCGCCAAGCUGCUGCCGCUCAACUUCAGGGAGCAGCCGGAACAAUCCCGCCUCGCCAUCAACCAGUGGGUCGCCAACAAGACCGAGCACCGCAUCCAGGACACGCUGCCGCCGGGCGCCAUAGACGCCAACACGGUCCUGGUCCUGGUCAACACCAUCUACUUCAAGGGUCAGUGGGAGAAGAAGUUUGACAAGGACAACGUCUACGAGUCCGACUUCCACGUGGACGCCGGCCACACCUGCCCGGUCCACAUGAUGUUCCAGGAAAACAAGUUCCGCUACGCCCGUCUGCCCCAAGAUGGCGUGCAGCUGCUGGAGAUGCCGUACCGCGGCCGCGACAUCACCAUGGUGAUGGUGCUGCCCGGCCCGGAGGUCCCGCUGGCGCAGUUGGAGGCGGGGCUUGACCUGGGCACCCUGAGCGGCUGGUUGGACAAGAUGGAGGAGACCAGCGUUUCCGUGCACGUCCCUCGCUUCCGGGUCGAAGACCGGCUCCGCCUCAAGGAGAAGCUGCAGAACUUGGGCCUGACCCACCUGUUCAGUCCCAAACAGGCCAGCUUGCCAGGCAUGUUGGAGGACGGCGGCGAUGGCGUUUACAUCUCAGACGCCUUCCACAAAGCCUUCCUGGAGGUCAACGAGGAAGGCAGCGAGGCGGCCGCCGUCACCGCCGUGGUGGCCCACGGUCGCUCCAUCAACUUGAACCGGGAGAUCUUCAUGGCCAGUCGGCCAUUUUUGCUGUUCAUCCGGGAGUCGUCCAUCAACACGCUGCUCUUCAUGGGCCGCGUGGCCGACCCCUGUGCCCGUUGACCCCGUCGCUAGGGAACCAUCAGUCAUGCGACGGGAAUAAAAGUCGCUCUCUUCUAAAAAUAUCAUUAAAAA